CAGUCCAAAGAGGGUACAUCAAACAGCGAGGGUCAAUGUGCCUAAUAUGCCUUAUUUUUCUCCGCAAGCGGCGCGUUUUAGCACUUUAGUGGAAAACCAAACCAGAUCUCUUAUAGCUCAACUCUCAGAGGUCCCAAUCCAGUGAACUUGUGACCCCCACCCCUACAUUUCCUCCCCACUAAAUUACACUAUUUCUAUUUUCUCCUCCCUUUUUUAUUUUCCUCUUUUUUCUUUCAUUUCUCUUUAUCUGCAAAAUAAGACCUAAGCAGCUGCAGACCCUCCAAACACUUGAGUUUCCCAUGGAUCCCACCCUCAAAAAGCAACCUAAACCUACCCCUUUCUCCGCCACCAUUUCCACCACCAACUCCAAACCCCACCACCCACCAGAUCCCACCACCCUCCCCUCCCCCACUGUUCAAAACAUCUCAACUCACUUUUCCAAGCUCUAUGCAAAUCACAAGAUCCUCAAAUCUACCUCAAAAAGCUCAUCUGGGGGGCAUAGACAUCCUCCUGUUGACACUCAUUUACAGGCCAAAACUCUAGCUGCUGCUACUUCCUCUGUUUUUGAUUCCUCAUGUUCUGCUUUGACUAAGUCAAAGAGUUUACACGGGAGUAGAUAUGUAGCAGAGGGAGAGAAACAUAACUCUGUUAAGGAUAUUGACAAAGCAAUUGUUUUGCAUGAAAAAGCUGAAGUCAAGAAAAUACCCCACAAGGAAAAGAAAGAGGUGGAUGUUAAAAAGGCAUUAGCUUUGUUAUCCAAGAGCCAAGAUAGUGACCAGUUGAAAGGGUUUCAACAAGGGGUUGAUAAAAUUACCAAAAGGCCAUCUUUUUCUUUGUCCAUAAAUGGUGGAAGGAGGAAAUCAUUCAGCUGUUCACAGACUGAGUUAGCUAAUUUCUUUUCUUGCAGUGGUGUGAAAGUUGUGUCCGUGGAUAUGCCACCUUUUAUGCAGAUUCAUGCUGUGGAUUUUGCAAGAAAAGCUCAUGAUAGCUUGGAAAAGUUCUCCUCUAAAUCACUUGGAUUUUCCCUUAAAAAGGAGUUUGAUGGGGUAUAUGGACCAGCUUGGCACUGUAUUGUAGGGACCAGUUUUGGCUCAUUUGUCACACAUUCAGUAGGUGGUUUCAUAUAUUUCUCCAUGGAUCACAAGCUAUAUGUACUCCUGUUCAAGACUACUGUACAAAAAGCAGAAUCAAGCUGAUAUCUUUGAGGUGAAAUCCAUUUUAGUAUAGGGAAAUUUUUGGAAAGAAGUUUGUUAUCUGUCUUUGUAGUUUUGUACAUUAGCUUUGAUUAUCAAAACAAUGGUAGUUCUGCUCACAGUUCAAUAGUGUCACAAGACCCUUUUCUCAGCACCCCAAUCCCUUUAACCGUGCCCUUAAAAACCCUCCAAUGAGGGAGUGUAUUGAUCAUUGGAAUACUGUGAAACAAAUUGUACACUGUUACAUCUUGGAAAGUUGAUAAAGUAUUUAAUGGUGGUGUCCAUGGAGUGAUUGAAGUGGACCAUCAACGGUUCAGAUGCAUAUAGCUCUUUGCUAUGUUGCACAUACUCUUCAAAAUAGUUGUCGUACCCGCGUCCGUGUCACAUGCUUCACAUACCCGCGUCCGUGUCACAUGCUUCACAUACGCACCCAUAUAUAUUUUCGGAGAAUCUAAGCAACAAAGACUGUUUGAACUUGGGAAGUAAAGAGGACAAGAGUUGUUCUAUGGAUUUUUGCCUAUUUUCCUCUACAGUGUCUAUUUUCCUCUACAGUGUUACCAAGUGGAGUACUAGAAAGAAUAGGGAUGUCUCCAUUUUAUGAUUUGAAAGACUGAUGAUGAAAUUGAGGAGCAGUGUUCCACUGA